AUGGACUACAGCUCCACGAUCCACGACGUGGAGGAUCCCGCAGGCGAUUCACCAUGGGGCAACUCCCCUGUGUCGUCUCCAUCGCGAAACAACAUUGCUGCCUUCAAUCCCGCCUCAGCUGAUGCUCCUCCUCCCUUUCGCUACAACACACAAUCCUCGAAUGGCCUGUCUCAGGACCAGCCUGCAUCUCAGUCUGAAGAAUUCCAGCGUCCAGGGACUGCGACUACAGCUUCCGGCACUGAAGAUGGUACUGAGGCUUCAGGUACGCUGAACACCUCAGAGGCGCAGUCGCAAUCCACAGGCGCUGAACCGUCAGCUGGGGAGGACGAACAAUCUCAAGCACAUAGCCAGCAACACAACCAGGCUGGUGCGCCGGCUUCACAGCCUGAACAGGAACAGCACCCCCCAAAACCGGCUGGGCCUCAGUAUCGACUCCAAGCCAAGAUUACGGGACUCGAACGCACUGGCAAGAAGGAUCCCAUCCUCCGAUUCGAUGUUCACACUAAUAUUCCCCGCUUUCGAACAACUCAAUUCCGAGAUGUUCGCCGUCUACACUCCGAGUUUGUUAAACUCGCCGACCAUCUGAUAUCUGCGAAUCCAGAGGUGUUUGUCCCUGCGGUCCCGCCGCCUCUUACCUCCGCUGGAGCUGGGACAGACGAGGACGAGAUUCGGGUCAAGGCCCUGAUGCAGCGGUGGCUGAACUACGUUUGCGGCAACGAAAUCCUGAUGCGGGAUGACGAGAUGGUACUCUUUGUGGAGAGUGACUUUGGUUAUAGCCCCAUGGUGAAGAAGAAGCAGCCAGCGACAGGCGUCCGCAGAAAGAUUUUGAAGCAGUUCGCUCCACCCCCUGAUGAUACCCCUGAGCUUGCGGACGCACGUCCAACCGUCAAGCUCUUUUAUCUUGGUAGCAUGGAUGCUGGCCACAAGGUUGAUAAGCUGGUGAAGGCUAGGAGGGGACUUGGCCUCUCCGAAGCCGAUUACGGUGCUAAACUCACAAGUAUGCAUGUCCAGGAACCCCACCCUGGUUUGGCAAAUGCAUAUCGGAAGCUGGGCAAAGUCGUCCAGACCGUCGGCGACUAUCAUGCUGCCCAAGCGACAGCAGAGGCUACAACUAUUGGCGACCCAUUUCAAUAUCACUCACAAGACGCUUUCAUAGUCAAGGAGUCGCUUACCAACCGACAGAUCCUGAUUCGCGAAUUCCUACAAGCUCAGGAAGCUACCCGUAGCAAGCUCAAUGCGGCUGAUCGCCUCAAGGCCAGUUCGAGUGUUCGCCGCGAAAAGGUGGACGAGGCCAUCACAGCAUUGGAUGACGCUCGCCAGCACGAGACCUACUUGUACAACAAGACCAACCGUGUCACCCAGAACUUGGUCCAGGAACGUCGCAAGUGGUUCUCGAGAACUUCUGCAGAUCUCCGCCUGAGCAUUAGGGAAUAUGUGCUCAGAGAGAUUGAAGCUGAGAGGCGGACUCUGGCCCUACUUGAGACGGUCCGACCGGAUAUCCGAUCAAUUGACGCCUCCGGUGGAUUGAGCCGAUUGGGUCGUGAGUCGCAUCCUACCGUGCGUCGAUCAAGUCUCGCAGCCAGUCAAGGCCCCAAGGGUGACUCUUGGAGUGGCGUUCCUCGCCGUUCAGAUGCCACGGGUCGCAGCGUGUCAGGCAGUCUCAUCAGUAAGGUGUCAGAGGAGGGCGAGAGCGAAGAGAACACCGAGGUAGCUCAAGGGCGACAGACGGGGGGCCGUGCCGGCCUUAAGGGUGUCAGCGAAGAGGAUGACGAGGAUCGUGUGGAUGCCAGGAAUGCUGCGAGCCGGCUGGCGGCCAGCACCUUCUAA